UUGCAUUUUACAAGUUUUCUAUAUACUGGAUUGUUUUGAGAGGUUGUGCUAUUUGGAAUUGUCAUCAUAUACUUUUUGUUGAUUUAGUUACAGUUUAGGAACCCGAGGACGCGAUUGCCAAAGAAAUCAAAAGUUUCAUGAUGAGUGCUUCAGAAGAAGACAUUGAAAAACGCGAGGUAAAGGAGGAAUCGAAAGAAGGAUCCAAAAAAAGUUCGAAAGAUGAAGAAGAGAUUGAAAUUGACGUUUCAAAACCGGUACCUCCUUCGAAAAAAUUGAUGCGUAAACUUCGUAAAGCUGGUAAAAUCGACAAGGAAGGAAAUUGGACACCACAAGCAUUAGAAGAAGCCAAGAAAAAAGAAGAAAAGAGAUUGAAGAAGAUCGAGACGAAAUAUGGUUCAGGAGAAGAAACACAAGAGAGCAAACGUUCCCCAUGGGGAAUUUGGAUUGGUAAUCUGAGUUUUUUCACGACUCCAGCCAUUCUUAAAGAGUUUCUCGUUCGAGAAGCAAAAGAGAGUGUUGAGCAAAAUGAUGAGAUUUCGUUUGAUUUUACUCCAGAACACAUUACCCGUAUCCAUAUGCCCAUGUCAAAAGAACAUCGUAACCAAAACAAGGGAUUUGCCUACAUUGACUUUGAUUCGGAAGAAGCUCUUAAGGUAGCAUUGCUGUGCACGGAAAAGCCUUUGAAUGGAAGAAACGUUUUGAUUAAAUCCAGUAAUGAUUAUCAAGGGCGGCCUUCAAAAUCGGCCAGUAUGCCUUCAAAAACCAUCGCUAGACAAGAAUCUAAAAAUCCCCCUUCCGCAGUUAUCUUUGUAGGAAACCUUCCUUUUGAUGCUACUGAAGAUUUGUUGAGAGAGCAUUUCGGGCAAGCCGGUAACAUCCGACGAGUGCGUUUGAUGACCUUUGAAGAUUCUGGAAAGUGUAAAGGAUUUGGGUUUGUUGACUUCCAUGAUGUAGAGACUUCCAUGAAGGCGAUGACGAUGGGUCAUGAAAGCUGGCGUCUUGAAUACGGUGAAGACAGAUCGAAGCGUGGCCGUAAGGCAUCUGCUUCUGUUGCUCGUACUGACGAUCAUUCAGAAAAACGAAGAAAGAAUUUCGAUCCCCGUGAUAUUCGACCAGGAGCUUCUUUGGCCAAUGCUGCACGUGGCUCUAUCGGCAUCAAAGAACCUACGGGUACAAAGAUUACCUUUGACUAAUUGUUUGUUCGCUACAAGAAACCUCCCAUGGUUAAAUAUGGAGAGAUAAAUGGGUAUAUUUAGGAAAAAAAAAUUAAUAAAAAAAGGGGCUUUCGGAUUUUACUUGUAAGCGCAAAUAAUUGUAGAAAGUUUUUAUUUUAUUCAUAUACUAUGGAAUCAAGCAUUCAUAACAAUCUUUACAAUUUUACGAAAAUGCAAACAAACGCAAGCUGCAUUUGUUUCUGCGCAAGAAUUAUUUCUAUCUUUCCCUACAUAAAACUUAUUUUCCCUACACUUAUUUGCUCUGCAUCGUAAUCAGAAACUACCCAUCCUUUGUUUACGGUUUUCGCAGUCACAUUUUUUGUAAACAUGCACGUCUUCUAGUGACCCAAAAAAGUAAGUCACAAAUAAUAUAUAUAGGGGAAACGACACUUGUCUUCUUCCAUGUACGUGGUCAGUCCACGUAAAGCUGGAUUAUUUGGUAUAUCACAAGCUUUGUAUUUAAUGGAAAAUGUAAGUUCAAAAUGGAAGUGAGGAAAUAUGCGUUAAAAUAGGUAGAAUACGAUUGCAAUGUCUGCAUUGUUUUUUACCAGGAUGAAAACUAUUGUUAACCCAGCUCACUCGGAGUAUAUACGUUGACGAGUUUAGCAUGUAUUAUCUGAAUAUUGUUUUUUCCAAUUUCCUCUCCUCUCCAUUUUUUUCUAGUCUAUGCGAAGAAUUCGUUACUAACAUAUUCUAGUGUAGAGGAUGAUUAGUAUGAUAAAAUUUUAAUUGGUUAUGAAUGCUGUAGAAUAGUUGAACACUGACUAGAAUUAGAAAAAAGAAGAAAUAAAAAUGUGAAAUAGAACAAUGAGUUGAGAUGUGCUGUG